AUGGUCACUCCGAGUACGAGGUCUAUGACGGAAGCAGAGAGGAAGCUGAUGGAUGUGGUGGAUAGGCGGGUGAGCGAGGUGGUGGAUCGUUUGGUGGAGAGGCAGGAUAAGCUGGAUGGGCAGUUCGCGGAGAUGAUGCAAGCCCUCGCAGCGAUUAACGGUCAGCUCCGGCGACAGCCGUUGAAAGCGGAGGAAGGAGAGGCAUUGGUGGGUAUGGGAGGGUGGCUGAUGCGUGCGGAGUUCUUUUUUGAGGUGGCAAAAAUGCCGGAGAGAGGAAGGGUUCGUGUAGCGGCGAUUCACAUGGAGGGCAAAGCCUUGCAAUGGCAUCGGGGGUUCAUGAAUUUGCAGGGUGAGGCCGGGUAUGCCAACUUGGAUUGUUAUGUGUCGGCAUUGGGAGCUCGCUUCGGUGCACAAGCCUACAAGGAUCCGCUGGCGGAUCUGAGAAAUCUGAGGCAAUCGGGAUCACUCCAGGAGUAUAUGGAGGCAUUCGAUGAGCUUUACCCGCGAACUGGUAUCCGCGAGGACCAGGCCUUAAGUUUCUUCUUGUCCGGACUAGUUGACGAGCUACAAAUGCCCGUUCGGAUGUUCAAACCGAAGAGGCUAGCGGAGGCGUUUUCCUUAGCUAAACUACAAGAGCUCACGGUGCGUGCUUUGGGAGAAAAGCCGAAGGGUAGCUCAGGUGGGGGACAAUCAGGGAUGGCUACAUAUUCUGGUACUAAAUCCUUAGCCGUGACAGCCACGACCUUGAAGUCGGGGGAUUUUCUGGAACUUCGGCACCACGAGAGCAGGGUCAGGGUGGAAAAAUAUGCGACCUCGUUUGACCCCAAAGGAGAUGGAUGA